CCCAUGCACUUGUCUUCUUCACCUCCAACACUUGUUCCUUAGUGUUUUUUUUUCAUAUGGUUCUCUUCUCUCUUUGCCCAUAACUUGUCUCUCAAAUAGUUAUCAUCCUCUUCUCUUUUUAAACUCCCCACAACACACACACAUAUUCAUUCAAACAACACAUUAUAUUACUAUAUAUAACUUCUAUCUUGACACCUUAAUUAACACAACUUCUUGCCUUCUUAACACAAUAUAAUGUCAAAUCGAAGAACACGCGGUUCGAGACAAUCAUCAGGAGCUUCUAGAAUAAGUGAUGAUCAAAUUGCUGAUCUCGUAUCAAAGUUACAGUUACUUAUCCCUGAAAGCCGCAGUACUAGGAGUUCCGAUAAGGUUGAAGCUUCCAAAGUGUUGCAAGAAACAUGUAAUUACAUAAGAAGUUUACACAGAGAAGUGGAAGACUUAAGUGAUAGAUUAUCAGUGCUUUUGGAAUCUACUGAGAGUGACAGUGCUCAAGCUGCUAUUAUUAGAAGCCUAUUUAUGUGAUAAUGGAAGAUUACUAAUUAUGUAACAAUAAUUUCAAUGUACUAGGUUCUAUUUUAAUUUGUAAGUCACUUUAAUUAUCAUCUUGUUAUUAUUUUUCUUCUUCUAAGAUGCAGUAGUACUUAUAGUUCAUUAAUUAAUUAGACCUUAUAUUUGUAUUGAGAAAUUUAUUAAAUAUUUAUAAAUUGAUUGUGGAUUCA